CCUUCUCCCGAUUGCUAUAUGUACGUCACUAUAAAACUGUGAAGUUGCCAAGUCUGGACAACCAGAGUUAAACUGGAGUUGCUUUAAAAAUGAAGUGUCUUGGUAUUGUUGCCAUUGCCAUCCUGCUGAGCCUCUCCAGCCAUCAUUUUGGGGUCCAGGCCAAGCCGGAAAUGUGCCAGCAGACGCCUUCGAAGAUGGGCAUGGCCCAGGAUGGAGCUGCCUGCAUGGCUUACAUGCCAACCUGGACCUAUGAUGCUUCCAAAAACGCCUGUUCCGAGUUCAUUUUCGGUGGCUGCGGAGGAAACUCCAAUCAGUUCGCCUCCCGAGAUGAAUGUGAAAAAGCCUGUAAGGACUGAACCAAAAAAAACCCCAUAUCUGUAACCUGAAAACCAAAACAAAUAGCCGGCAAUCUUGUUUUGCAAAAAUACAAAUAAACUAUAAUAUCAA